AUGGCCGCCAACACGCAACAAGCGCCGUCGCCGCCGACGCCGACAUAUGACUUGGACCUCCGGGCACGGCUGCCUCCGACAUGGCAUGACGCCAAUUUCCAGAACUGGGCCGUGAUGCGCAACUACAAGGUUGUGGAAGGCCCGAUUGUACCUUGCUGUCUCCGCCACGAUCGCGGGAACGUCCGAGAAUGCGGCGCCCUGAUGCCAGACAGAGAGACGGUGCAUACUGUCGCCAAUGCAAUUCGGGAGGAAAACUCAUCGCUGAUAUUUACAAUAAUCAGUGAAGGCAAUGAGCCAUAUAUCGAAAUGGCCAAGGAGGAAGGGCUUACCAUUGUGUGGACAAAAGAGUUCGCCAUGGCCAUUGAUCUAGCGAGAGCAGACCCAACGCCUGUAAUCUACGAGCACCCAGAGCUUCAUAUGGAAUGUAUUCAGGAACGAGGCUUUACUACCAUUAACAUCAAAAGGGGGGACACGCUAGCAGCGACAGCCAGGAUGAUGGUCUCCCAGGAACUUGCUACAGUGGACUAUGUCGCAACUGAGCCCGGCUUUCGCCGACGCGGACUCGCGAGCGUCAUCAUGAAGGCGCUAACGGCACAGGCGGUCCAAGAGGGUGCUAAAUUCGGUAUGCUGUAUGCUACGCCCGAAGGUCGUAUGCUGUACAAAGCUCUUGGUUGGAAAGACGUCUACCAGGGCUUAAUUGUUGGCAACAAGGAGACAAACGAUAUGCUAAUGGCUCAGCGCGCUGCCAGAGAAGCGGCAGCAUCUACGUAA